AUGUUAAUGAGAUUGAAAAUGGAGCACAUGAAAAACAAGUCUUUUCUCUUUUGUCUCUUACUUAUUUGCUUGGCAAAAAUUUGUACCUCAUCGCCAUCUAAUUACCCGCAAAACCAAACCCAAACUAGCCCAAGUGGGAAGAAGCAUUUUGUGUUGAUUCAUGGAGCUGGUGUUGGAGCAUGGUCUUGGUAUAAGGUGGCAACUUUACUCAAUGAUUCAGGCCACAAUGUCACAGCCCUAGACUUGGGAGCAUCUGGGAUCAACCCAAUUCAGAUACAACAACUUCGUUCGAUCUCGCAAUAUGUCGAGCCAUUGACGAAGCUCAUGGUCUCUCUUCCACCAAAGGAGAGGAUCAUCCUCGUAGGUCACAGCAUGGGUGGGGCAGUCAUAUCUACUUUCAUGGAGAGAUUUCCUGAGAAAAUUGCUGCUGCAGUAUACGUCACGGCUUUCAUGACUGGUCCUACUCUCAAUUACUCGACUAUAUUGACAGAGGUUAAUAAAAGAUUGGACUAUUUGGACACUCAAUAUAGAUACGAUAAUGGGACCAACAACCGUCCAACAUCCUUUCUUAUUGGGCCUAAGGCCUUGGCGUUGAAGUUUUGCCAGCUCUCCCCAGCACAGGAUAAAACGCUAGUGUCCUCCUUGAUAAGAUUUUCUCCUCUCUUCAAUUAUGAUGUAAUAAAGCUCACCAAGGAGAAAUAUGGAUCGGUUCGUAGAGUAUUCAUUGUGUCUGGGCAAGACCAGGCAAUAGUGUUGGAUGUGCAGAAUUACAUUAUCAGGAACAAUCCACCAGAUGAAGUGAAAGUGAUUAGCGAUUCUGAUCACGUGGUCAUGAUCUCUAGACCAUUGAAUCUCUUCUACCACCUCCAAAACAUUGCUGAGAAAUAUUCUUAGAAAUUAUUUAGGACAUGUUACUACUAUUAUGUGUCAAUAGACACCGUCAUUAAAAAUUGUAUUACAAAUAAACAUUUGCCAUCACUUUUUUCUAGCGUCAACUUUGACGCUGAGCAACUUGAUGUCAAAUUUAUCAUGAAUUUACAUAGUUUGGUUGAAGUUACAAAUUGCAAUAAAAAAAGAAGGAUGGAAGGUCCACCAUGGAUUUAA